AUGAAACAUCCUUUUGUCCCAUCCCGAGUUGUUCCUCUGCUGCUGCUACUACUACUUUUGUACAAGACAUGCAAUGCUGAGUCCCUCCUAGAUUCAAUAAAACACGAUUUGCAAAUCGUGAAUAAUCAUAAUUUCAACACAGUAGUAAACAAAUUUCGGAGUGAAAAAGUAUUUUCUGUUUUAUUUUUCAAAAAAUCAAAUAAAAAUAUAAAAAAUGUAAUACAAAGUUACAAUGAUGUGGCAGCAAAAUUUAAAGGAAUCUUAACCUUAUGUGUUGCCGAUUGUGAUGAUAACCCAACCUUAUGUGAAAGUGAAUUAUCUCUUUAUGUUCCAGAUUAUAAAAAUACAAAUACACAUCAUUUCAUGAUAUACCCUAUAGCCCCAAUGCCCAAGUUCCUAUUUACUGAAGAAAUGAAUGAAACCAAUUUAAAAAAAUAUACGUAUCUUAUUCCAUCCAAAAUAGAUAUUAUUAAAGAAGUUAAAGAUUUUAAUGUUUUUCUUUCGAAACAUGAAAACAUGCCAAAAGUCUUAAUAUUUAGUAAUAAAAAAAAACCAAAUUAUGUACUAAAUGCACUAAGUACCAGUUUUAAUAAAAAAUUAAUGUUCUGUUAUAUUAACAACGAAUUAAAUGAUCUAGUUCAAAAAUAUAACAUCAAAAAUUUUCCAAGUAUAAUCAUUUUAAAAAAAAAUAAACUUGUUGAUACCUAUAAAGGAAAACCAAAUUUUAUUAACAUGUUUGAUUGGCUGAAUGUGCAUUCGGAGACAUUUGUCCUUGGUGGAGGAUUUGACAUAUCUCCUGAAAAAACUGUAGAAAAACCAUGGAAAUUUGAACUCAUACCCAAAUGCACGAAAUUGUCUCAUGGAGAUAUAUGUUUUAAGAAAGCCGAUAAAGGUUUGUGUCUCAUUUAUUUGAAGGAAGGAGAAAAAUUGGAAAAAUCAGAAAUCGACAUGCUUCUUGCCUUAAAGGAGAAGUUCAAGCCACACAUAGAUGGAAGAGGUAUCAACUUUCGAUACAUGUGGAUAGACAUAGCCACGGAAGUAAACUUUCGCGCCCUAUUCGAACUCAAGAAUUAUCCUUCAGUCGUUGUUUUCAACCCAUACAAACGAAUUCGAUAUGCAAAACUGAAUGAAGACUUAGUAGCAACUAAAGAAAAUAUUGAAAAACUUUUGGAAAAAAUAUCUGGAGGAGAUGCUAAAUUUACCAUGCUCAAGGGACAAACUUUACCUGAAUUUGUUCAGGAUGAUUCGAAGUCGAACGAAAAAGACGAAUUGUAA